AUGAGAUUCUUAAUAAUAAUAUUAUUAUUAACUUCAAUUUGCUCUUGCACUGAGCAAUGGAGUUGUAAUGAAACUUAUGCAAUUGAAUAAUUCAAACUGAAAAAUUCCACUGGCCUAUUUUUAAAUUACUCAUCUAACCCCUAUUAAAAUUAGGAUCCUGCUUACAUUUAAGAUGUAAAAAAAAAUCUUUUAUAGAAUAACACAUAUUGUGGUUUACGUUAUACUGACUCUACUAAGACAAAUUAUGAGCUAAAAACAUUUGAGUCUUUAGUCAGUUUGCUUGAAAAUUAAUUUAAUGUUACCCACAAAGGUAAAUGUGGCGUUUGUUCAACUACGUAGGAUCUUGUAGUCUAUCUUGAAAAAGAUUUAACUUAGCCUGUUAGAUGGUGUGGUCUUAGAUACUUUUACUCUAAAAAGUAGAACAUAUAAUGCCUUUUGGAUUUAGGAUUCACAUACCCUUGCGCUCAAAUUUGGUAUUACAAUACCAUCAACACUAGAAAAUAGUGUGGAGGGAUUUGCUUUUUAUCUUAUAUAUUUAACUAGCCCUUUGUAGUUGAUGGACAUCUUAAUAAAUGCCUAUAAUGUGACGAAGACAAAUCAGGCCCUAUUUUUAAGUAUGAAAGUGGCAGAACUAGAAGAGAUUCUGGAAUAGAUUCUGAAAUAGAGCGCCCUAGCGAUACAAUUUAUAAUAUGGAUCACUGUUAUUAUUGA